AUGGCGUUCCUGGACAACCCUACUAUUAUACUUGCUCAUAUUCGGCAGUCACACGUGACCAGUGAUGACACAGGGAUGUGUGAAAUGGUCCUGAUAGAUCACGAUGUCGACCUGGAGAAGUUUAAUCCCUCGUCAACAUAUGGGGACAGUGGUUCAGAAACACAGGGAAGCAAUGGUGAGACUCAGGGCUAUAUAUAUUCCCAAUCAGUCGAUAUUACCUCAAGCUGGGACUUUGGAAUCAGAAGACGAUCAAACACAGCUCAGAGACUAGAACGUCUGCGGAAAGAGAGACAAAAUCAAAUAAAAUGCAAAAAUGUUCAGUGGAAAGACAGAAAUACUUCUUACUCAGCAGAGGAGCUGAGCUCACUAUUUGAAAAGAAGAAUUUCCGAGUAAAAUCUCCAUGUUCUGGGAAACAGUCAAUACUGUCUGUGCGACUGGAACAGUGCCCGCUGCAGCUGAAUAACCCCUUCAAUGAGUACUCAAAAUUUGACGGCAAG